AUGAACGUCCAAAGUAUCCGAAUGUCCCCCCAAAUUGAUCGAUCCACCACCGGCACCAGCGACUUUUCGGUGGAUGGAACAGUAACAGAGCUAAAACCCACUGUACCGUCGCGCCUUAUGGCAUCCCAACGGGCCCCGACAGUUCAGAAAUCGCAGUUGGUAGAUUACAGACACGCGAAGAUCGGAGAAAACGUUGACGUUACACUUACAAAUGAUAUCACCUGGACGUCAGAGAUUGAGAAAGUAUCCUUGACAGAUCACGAGUCGUUACCGGCAGAAUGGCCGAGCGGUCUAAGGCGCCAGAAUCAGGCGAAUCCAAGCUCACAUAAUCUGGUCCUUCGGGGCGUGGUGGCACGGAGGCUGAUCCCGGAUCUGCCGCAGCCGCAAGAUUGUCGACCCCCCCGGCAGUAUGUUCCUAAUCGCUCAACCUUUCUUCGCUUUGCCAUUGAGUUGAGUUCAAUAGCCCCCGGUGUCAUUCCGAACAUCGUACAGGUCACCAUGUUCCCCCGUCUCGCACUAAGCUUCUUCUGCGCCUUGGGAUUUGCAGGAGUAUGCGUCCUUCCGAUGAUGAACAGGUCGGUCCCUGAUUGUAAACGGUGA